AUGAGUGGAAAAUGCUGCGACAAGUGCCCUGCAGGUGAAUAUAUGGAACAGCCCUGCUCUGAUACACACCAAACCAGCUGUAAGCCCUGUCCGUCAGGCUUCUUCUCAGACCAGCCCAGUUUUUUUGACCGAUGUGAAGAGUGUCGUUCCUGUAAACAAGAGUACUCUCGCGUAUGUACCCCCACCACAGACGCUGAAUGUUCAUGUGGCUCUGGCUUCCUGUGCUCUGACGAUAUGUGCUCUACUUGUGAGAAAGGAAACAGUUUUGGAAGUGAAAAACUACAACCAACAGUAAAUACAGCUGUUGGUGUUGCUGCCAAAAACCUGACUGAAAACAGUAAAAAGGCGUCUCAAUGUCAGAAUCAUGAAUACUUUGAUAAGAAGAAACUCUUCUGCAUCCCAAUAACACAGUGCAGUGCCCACAACCUCAUUGAAAUAUUCGCUGGUAACAAAACCCACAAUGCGAUAUGCCAGUCACAAGAGAUACAGAAUAUAUAUAUUGUUGUGUUCACUGGAUUUGCAAUGCUCCUUGUUGCCAUUUUGGUGGUUUUAUCUUAUCACUUGAUGAAGAAAAUAAAAAAGAUCAAAGAUUCUAAAGCCACCAUGGUCACCACUGAUGAGAACUUACCACUGCCAAUGGAGGAAACAUCAUUCCCUGAAAACAAUGUGGAACAUUUUGGAUAA